AUGUCAGUUGACUGGUCAAUAAAAGAAGAACUGAACCCCAUCAUUGUUACGCCACCCAUCCAAGCCAUUGAUCAGGACCAGAAUAUCCAGCCACCAUCGGACAGGCCAGGCAUCCUCUAUUCCAUCCUUGUUGGAACUCCUGAGGAUUACCCAAGAUUUUUUCAUAUGCAUCCUAGGACUGCAGAACUUAGUCUCCUGGAGGCAGUAAAUAGAGACUUUCACCAGAAGUUUGAUUUGGUUAUUAAGGCUGAACAGGACAAUGGUCAUCCUCUUCCCGCUUUUGCCAGUCUACAUAUUGAAAUACUGGAUGAAAACAAUCAGAGUCCAUAUUUCACAAUGCCCAGUUAUCAAGGCUAUAUUCUGGAAUCUGCUCCAGUGGGAGCAACUAUUUCUGACAGUCUGAAUUUGACUACCCCGCUAAGAAUUGUAGCUCUGGACAAGGAUAUAGAAGAUACGAAAGACCCAGAGCUUCAUCUUUUUUUGAAUGAUUACACUUCAGUCUUCACUGUCACACAGACUGGAAUCACUCGCUACCUCACCUUACUUCAACCGGUGGACAGGGAAGAACAGCAAACUUACACCUUUUCGAUAACAGCAUUUGAUGGUGUUCAAGAAAGUGAGCCAGUUAUUAUCAACAUUCGGGUGAUGGAUGCAAAUGACAACACUCCAACCUUCCCUGAAAUAUCCUAUGAUGUCUAUGUUUAUACAGAUAUGAAUCCUGGGGACAGUGUCAUACAGCUCACUGCAGUCGACGCAGACGAAGGGUCAAAUGGGGAGAUCACAUAUGAAAUCCUGGUUGGGGCUCAGGGAGACUUCAUCAUCAAUAAAACAACAGGGCUUAUCACCAUCGCUCCAGGGGUGGAAUUAAUGGUUGGACGGACUUACGCGCUCACUGUCCAAGCAGCGGAUAAUGCUCCUCCAACAGAGAGAAG